AUGACGCGUCUUCUUUCUCUGGUGUGUGCACUCGCCGUGGCCAGCUUGGCGCUGCUGUCGCGUUGUGAGGCGUCUGACCAUGUGUACCCGUUGGACAAGUGGUACAACCCAUAUUACCACCUCAACCACGAUAAAGGCUACAAGAUUCCCGACCUGGGCGUUCUAGGUGAUGCCAACUACCCGCACUACAAGGGAUACGCCAACUACGUGCGCAUCUACCCCGAGCCCCAUGGUUGGGACAAGCACCCUGCUGGGCACCACAGCUGGGACAAGUACUCCGCUGGACUCCAUGGCUGGGACAAGUAUCCUGUUGGGCCCCAUGGCUGGGACAAGUUCCCUGCUGGGCCCCAUGGCUGGGACAAGUACCCUAUUGGGACUUUUGGGUGGGACAAGUAUCCCAUUGGGUCCCAUGGCUGGGACAAGUUCCCUGCUGAGCCCUAUGGCUGGGACAAGUACCAUGUAGGACCCCACAGCUGGGACAAAUAUCCCAGUGAGUCCCAUGGAUACGCCUGGUGA